CCAAUCAUCAUUCAACAAUGUUCAAGAAAUUCACAAAAGAAGACAUUUCCUCCCAAACAUCUAUCAAGUCCUCAGCUCAACGGGCCAUCCGCGCUUCUCUGCUCAAACAAUGUCCGCUCCUCUCCCAGCCCUCAGAGGAGCCCGACACCCCAUUGCUCGAGUAUAUCUGGCCAAAGAAGGAGAACAUCACCCUGGUGAAAUGUAGAGACCACCUGAGCAUCUAUGCGCUGCAUGGCGAGCCGCUGUGGUUCCAGCAUUUUGACGGGCCGCUGUUUCCUACACUGAGGUUGGUGCAUAAGUAUCCCAACCUCCUCCCGCAUGUAGGCAUAGAUCGCGGGGCUAUCAAGUUCCUCCUCUCGGGCGCAUCGAUGAUGUGCCCUGGCCUCACCUCCCCAGGCGGUUUCCUCCCCCUUGCCGAAAGCCUAAUCCCCGAAGGCACGGUAGUAGCCAUCAUGGCAGAAGGGAAAGAGCAUGCGGCUGGUGUGGGGAUCAUGAAGCUAGAUUCGGAGGAGGUCAAGAAGGUCAAUAAGGGUGUUGCGGUGGAGAGCGUGACAUAUUUGGGAGACGACCUUUGGGGGAUGAAGACCAUUUGAGUGCGUCGAAUGACGAGAGGUGAUGAUGAGGUGGAUAUGGUGGUUGGAAAUCAAUGUAUU